UCUUAUAAAAUGUUUAAAUGUUUCUAUAAAUAUUACAAAUGUGGCUUUAAUGAUGAAAUAGUUACAAACACAGUUAGAUGUUUUUUCAAUCUUCUGAAAUUUGUACAUUAUUGCUUGUCUAACAUAUCGGUCUAACAUAUCCGGUUUGUAAAUGUUGUCAAAGUUUCUAAAUUGAUGAUUUUUAAGUUUUAAAAAUGUUUUUCAAGUUUGACGUUAUAUGGCGCAUUAUGUUUUCUAAAAUUGGCGAGAGGUGGCUUCUUAAGUCUUCCGAUUUGGCGCAUUAAUGCUUCUAGUAGUUUUGGCAAUCUGUCUGACAGUUCGAUUCUAGUCGUGUUGAGUAAUUCAAUUCGGCGAUGUGUCAAUUUAUACGUUGAAAGAUAGUGUUAUAUUUUGUAUUUAUAAACUUUUUAUAGACAGUUUGUUAAUUAAUGUUUGGAGAGGAUGAAGGUGCAUUCAGUAUCUUGCGUGUUGAUAUUGUUUCCUCUCUUAAUGACAUGUCAUACGUGGGAGAUAUCAGAUAACUUUGCAAAAACUGAACAUUCCAACAAUUGGGCUGUUUUGGUCGAUACGUCGCGCUUCUGGUUUAAUUAUCGCCACGUUGCGAACGUUUUGUCUAUUUAUCGAAGUGUCAAACGCUUGGGAAUACCAGACUCGCAAAUCAUUCUUAUGAUAGCCGAUGAUAUGGCGUGCAAUCCCAGGAAUCCGAGGCCGGCAACUGUUUUCAAUAAUAUCAAGCAACAUAUUAAUGUUUACGGCGAUGAUGUGGAAGUAGACUAUAGAGGUUAUGAAGUAACUGUCGAAAACUUCGUGAGAUUGUUGACUGGUCGUUUAGCACAAGAAACGCCCAGAUCAAAGAAACUGUUGACCGAUGAAGGCUCAAAUAUCCUGAUAUAUUUAACUGGUCAUGGUGGCAAUGGAUUUUUAAAGUUUCAAGAUUCUGAGGAGAUCACAAGUCAAGAGCUGGGAGAUGCUUUAGAGCAGAUGUGGCAAAAACGGAGAUAUCACGAGAUUUUAUUUGUUGUUGAUACUUGUCAAGCAAGCUCAAUGUAUGAGAAAUUUUACUCGCCAAAUAUUUUAGCAGUUGCAUCCAGCUUAGUAGGAGAAGAUUCUCUUUCUCAUCAUGUGGACCCAGCCAUAGGUGUUUAUAUUAUAGAUCGAUACACCUAUUAUGCAUUAAAUUUUCUGGAAAAAGUAGAGCCGUCUAGUACUAAAACAUUAGGAGAAUUUUUGAAAGUUUGCCCAAGGGAUUACUGCCUAUCCACAGUCGGUGUAAGAAGAGAUCUCUUCAGAAGGGAUCCAGAUAAAGUGCCGGUAACAGAUUUCUUUGGAUCACUUAGGCCAGUGGAGCUUACGACGAAUGUAGUCAAUGUUUUGCCCAUCAAAGCUAAUCGCACGAAAAUUCAGGAUCCAGAAAGGAAAUAUAGCUAUGUUGCACAAUUUCCUGCUGUAUCGCAAUAUACGUGGCGGUACACAUUUUGUUGGACUUUGUGGCUGCUAACCAGCACCACGACUCACGCCUAUAUAACGAAACAAACGUUCAUAGAAGUGCACGAGAUGAGUUCUAAGGAGUUCUCGCCCACCGACCAAUUGGCUCCGAUCGAUCCAGCAUUACAUGCUUUCCCCACGACACCAACUGUACCUCUUUUGCCGAAUUGCGUGAAGCAAGGCUAUUUGCGCGAUCCGUUCAAUUGCGGCAAGUUUUACCGUUGCGACUACGAUCGCGACGUACCAAUGGCGUUUUACUGUCAAUCGGGACUGAUAUUUAAUACGCUCACCGAAUCGUGCGAUCGUCCUCAGUACGUACAGUGUUGACCGUAUGUGGCUGUAUGUGUUGGCCGAGGGUGUAUAUGUAAUGUGACGUGAGUAAUAUCGCACGAUCUGGAUACUGAGUUACGCAUAAGACGACUCGCACGACAAAUGUACUGGGAAAAAGUUGCUUUUUACUAUAAUUGAACAUGAAGAUAUAUUUAAUUAUAAUAUUUACAUACGUAAUACAGAAUUUAAAAAGA